ACCCCGGCACCGGCACCGGGAUCGGCAUCGGGACCGGCACCGGGGUCCUGCAGAGACCCCCGGCAUCCGGACCGGCACCGGGGUCCUGCAGAGACCCCCGGUAUCGGGACCGGCACCGGGGUCCGGCAGAGACCCCCCGGGAUCAGGACCAGGAACGCCAAGAGAGCCCUGGCACCGGGACAGCCGAGACCUCCCCCCUGGCACCAGGACCAGGACUGGGAGCACCGAGAGACCCCCCCAGCCCGGGAGCGACCCCCCUGAGCCAUGGCGGGCGGCAGAGCGGGGUCCCGGCGGCGGCUGCCCAUGAGCUUGGCCGAGGCGGGCCCGGGCACGGAGAACGAGCGGCUGGGCUUGGUCCGGCUCAGCAUGCUGCGCAACCCGCUCAUCAUCAAGCCAGAACUGGGGAAGCCCAUGAGAAACUGCUACCCCCUGCCAGGCUUUGAUUUUACCUAUGGGAUGUACAUGCAUAAGAGAGAUGGAGGAGUCCCUGAAGCCAUAGGCCACUGGGAUUCAGUGAAAGUGAAGGCCAAGCCUCACAAGAGGGUGAUGCCCCGAGAUUUUGUGACCAUGGGCCGUGGGGCUGUGGAUGAAGGCUGCACCACAGCCCGUGAGUUUGCUCUGUACUACAAUUACAUGGACACCCGCUGCAAAGAUAAGAAUAUUCUCAGAUAUGGUGGCAAGGUCCCUCCAGACAUGACUUUUGGCAGGCCAUCACGGCCUCCCACUCCCAUUUAUGACAUCCUACAACACAGAUACAGGGAGCUGUGGAUGGAGAGCCAGAGAGCCCGGACUGUAGUCCAGCACACUCCAGUGAAGAAAAAGGUUGGCGAGGUGCGUGAGAACCGCACCACGUUCCUGCGCAUGCACCCGCUGCCGGUGAAGGAGGAAUCUUUCUGGCACCCACAGCGCUUUGAGAAGGCUGAGCCUCAUCUCAGGACUUUUCCAGACCCUGAAUCCCGUAAAAAGGCUCUCAGUGCCUCCCAUUGAGGAGUCCCUGCUAGUGGUCCCCUUCCCCAAAGGGCUCCCACAGCAAGAACCAUGCUGGGCACAGCCCUUGGACCUGGGAUUCCACAGGCAAAAGACUCUCUCAGGUUUUACAGAGUUAUGCUAAUGCAGAUCUAGCCAAAUAAAUCAUAAAUAUGAGAGGAAUUAUUCUG